GCAGCCGCUGGGAAAGCUUCCCUUGGGAGCUGCAUUGAGAUGGCGGAUCGCGGCAGGAAGGCUGAGCCUGUAGACAACAGGCUUUGCCAUGAAAGAUGGCUGGAGCACUGUAGGCGGAUCCACAAGGAGAAGUUGAUGUGUAUUAAGAAUGGCACUGGGCAUGGGUGCAGGAAUGCGCCCAUAUCCCAUGAGACCUCCUGGGUUGGCGGGACGCCACUGUGGAACAGAUUGGAAGCUGCAAAUGGACGCUGCCCGUGCGGCAGAGAAAGCGAAGUACCGAUUCUUCUAUGAGAAAGCAUUGAAGAGGGAGGAGGAAGAGAAAGAAAAGGAGAGGGAGGAAAAGGUAAAGGCUCAUGAAGCCAUUUUUUGUACCGUGCCUGCCCUGACCGAUGCGGAGGUGGAAGAGAAAACCGUUCCACUCCUCCGGGCUUUGGUGGACGUCUGGACUGUUGAGGACCACACUGGCCAACUCGCGAAAGUGUUCGACGAACUUAAGAAGUUGCGCGAGGACAUGGCCCUGAUGGCGCAGCAGCACCGUGACCAGAUGCAACAGUUUGCUAAUGUGCAGCCAGACCAAAGCAUACUUCUGUCUACCUAUCCUGCUUCUAGUGCUGCGUGUCAGUCUGUUUUUGCCCCUCUAGAUGUGUCUUCUUCUACUUCUUCUUCGUCUUUGAGUGUGGCUAACAGCCAAUCCGGAUCUGCAGCAGGUCCAGACCCCGCUGCUGCUGCUGCUGCUGCAGCGGCAAGUGAAAGUGCAGGGAAUUCUGGAACUGUUGCAGUCCCGAGUUCGGACCAGACAAUGGCUGGUCUUAGCGGCAGCUUUGCUUACAUUGACAGGAAGGCGGCGCAGAUUCCGUCCAAGUAUGACGGAAAGGACAACAUCGAGUCUUGGAUCAGCUCCAUGCGAUCCUACUUUGAUGUGUUGGGGACCCCCCCGUCAACCCAGUCGUCUAUCCUAGGGACUAAUGUGGAGCUCGUCGUGAGGGGUUUCUUGGAAACCCAAGUUGUCCAAUCAGGCUAUAAAAGAAUAGACCUGAACAAAUGGUUGAAGGCUACGCCUACCGCCACGCUCGAGGAUCUCUUGAUCAAACAGUAUGCUGAUCCACAUGCUGCAGCCAAAGCUAGACUUGAGCUUGACAAGCUCAAGCACAGCAAGUGGACCGGCACCAUGCAUAGCCUGCAGCAGUAUGUUAGUAAACUCUUUGCUACUUCGGAUCUGGAGAUGACUGCGCAGUCUUGUUUGGAUGUGAUAAAAGGUACGGUCCCCUCUACUCUAAAAGAUCGCCUAGGGCUCGGACUCAGCGCAUAUACAGAUUGGCUUACCCUCAUGCGGGAUUUAGUCAAGCUGGAGGCACACGACCUCCCGGGUGGAUCAAGUGGCAAAAAUACCACCAGCCGCAAACGGUUUCCAGGCAGCAACCGUUUUGCAGCACACGAUCUGCUUGAGGCUGACGAGGAGACCCUGGUGGAGGAAUCUUCUCUUGAUGACGAUCAAGAGCAAGAGUGCGGGGCAUCUUGCUCUUUGUCAGCCCAUGAGUCUGAGUAUGUGAACGACGAUGAAUCUAUAAAUGCCUUUAAAAAGACUGCCUUUAAAAGUGGAUGUAAAGUCUUCAGCAAGAUCGAUCUCAAGUCUGGCUACCACCAGAUUGAAGUCGAUCCUGCAGACCAGCAUAAAACUGCAUUCAAAACUUGCGAUGGGCUGUACGAGUUUACAGUCAUGCCCUUCGGUCUCACGAAUGCGCCAGCCACCGUUCAAAGUCUCAUGGAUAAGGAGGAGGAGGAUGUAAUGAUCCAGAAGGACGAAGAGGAGAACUACGAGAAGGAUGGAGGAGAAGGAGAACGACGAGGAGACUGGAGGAGGAGGAGCGUGACGGAAGAUGGAAGAGGAGGAGCGUGGCCGAAGAUGGAGGAGGAGGGCGCUAAGAUGGAGGGGCAUAAGGAGGAGCAGGCCGCUACGAUGCAGGCCGCUAUUAUGGAGGAGGAGGACGAAGAAGAGGUGGUGGCUACGAUGGAGGAGGGAGAGGAUGAUACGAUAUGGUAUAGAAAUCGGGGCAUGAAGAGUAACCGUGAGUAUAGCGGUGGUGGAGUGAAGGUAGGAGCUGAAAUGAGUCAUGGUAGCGUAGACUUUCUCAAGGGGCUUGUGGUUGGGUCGUCGAGAGAGGGCAUCAACGACUCGGUUGCUUUUGCCGGGGGUGUGAUAGAUGAACUUUCGAUCUUUGAGGAUAGAGAGGACUUGGCGAAUGUGUUGAAGGUGAGACUCAAAGGUGGGACUAACGAUGACACGAACUUUGAGAAGGGCACGAAAGAUGUGAUUCAUAAUAGACUGGAAGGUCGUUGGGGCAUUUGUGAGGCCAAAAGGCAUCACAAGGAACUCGUAAUGCCCAAAGCGAGAGCAAAAGGCAGUCUUAUGAGGAUCCUCUUUGCGAAUGCGGAUCUGGCUGAAGCCUAUGCGAAGGUCGAUCUUUGUGAAGUACUUGGCUCCACGGAGGCGAUCAAGAAGCUCGCAGAUGCGAGGCAAGGGGUACUUGUUCUUGAUCGUGAUCCGGUUGAGGGUGCGAUAGUCUGUGCACAUGCGGAGUUCGAAGGUUCCGCCUUUCUUGACGAAGAGGCAACUUGUACUGAAGGGGGAGGAGCUUGGCUUAAUGAAUCCUUUUUCAAGGAGUUCAUUGAGUUGUCGCUGCAUUUCUCUGGCCUCGGGAACAGAGAGCUGGUAGGGUGGUCAACAUGGAGGAGUGUGAUCGGUUUCCAAAUCAAUGGUAGGGUGAGGAAAGUAGGGAAUGUCAAGGGUAGAGUCGGGGGGUGUGGUGAUGCGAAAGAAGGUGAGAUGGAAUGUGGGCGGAUGGAAGUGGAAGAAGUCGGGGGUGGGGAAGAGUUACUGGAGGACGGGGUGGUUGAUGAUGACGAAGGAGGAGGAGAGGUGGAGGGAGGCGUGGUGGUGGAGGUCGGAGACGAGGAUACUGCGGACGAUGCAGUAGAGGAUGCCGCUGCGCUAGACAUUGCUACUGCUCUGCCUGCUGCAGCAGCCUGUUCCCUAGCUGCUAGGUUCGCUUCUGCCCUCGCUGUUGCAAGAGCACGGGCUCUACGUUUGGCACGAAGCCGUGCUUCGUCUCCCGGUUAUAGGGUCUGGAACACGAUUGGAGUGAGCACCACUCCCUAUAGUAAAGAGCGAGAGGAGAAAGUGGUCUCCGUUUUGAGGGAAAGAAAGGAGAGAAUGGAGAAGCGGGAACUGAUCAAGCAUGCAAAGAUGUUGGCCCUGCUAGAGGAGCAGGAGGCGAAGAAAAAGCAGUUGGAGGAAGAACUGGAAAGAUGGAAGAAGGAGCAAGAGGAGAAGAUGGAAACAAUAAAGGCAAAGGUAGAAGAAGAAGAAGAAGAAGAAGAAGAAGAAGAGGUUGCGGAAGAAGGAGCCUUGCAAAGACGAAGAGGGGAGUACAAGCAAAUAUUCAUUAGAGGAAGUGGAGAAGACAGUGGAAGAAUGGGAAGCACAUAUAGAGAUAUGAUGAAAUAUCUUGUGGACCAGAUCCACCUUGCGAUCAGUAGGACAGAAAAGUUCUGCACGGGCGCGAUAGAAGGCACCAAGCUAGCGGCUUCCAAGGAAGAGGAUCCUGCCCCACACCGCGAGAAGGUCAAAGUCCGUUUCCCUGAACCCUUCAAUGGGAAGACGAGGGAGGGCUUUGACAAUUGGGAAGCUGACAUCAACUCUUAUCUGUACUUAGAGGGCCGCAACUUCAAAAGAUGCACAGGUGGAAUUCAUUACUUUUCUUUCUCCCAUGGCUCUGAGAUUGAAUUGGAGAAUCGGCUGCUGCUAGAGAAAAUGACUCGGAUCAUGCAUCGCACUGUGGAACCUGACAAGGGAGCGCAGUGUCUCAACGUUGGCACGGAUGAUUCUAAAGUGAGGGGCCAGGCUAAUCUGCGCGCGGCUGUUUUCAGCCGUGUGAUCGCAUCGAUCGCACGACCGAAAACGCCGCGCCAGAUUGCUGGGCUGCUCCAAAAGGAGCAAGCCCGGAGGUGCGGCAUGUUGGAUUUGAUCCCAGUCUCUAUCAGGUGCGCGUGCAUGCUUACACGUGCGUUAUGCGCCGCACAUGCGGAGCUCGCACGCAGGCGAUACGCCGCAGGGCCCGCAGCCGUCAUGGACCAGAAGUCUGGGGAAACAGACGAGGCCUAUCAGGCCCGGAUGCUGGCUUGGAGUACCGAAACCAAGAGACGGGCAGAUGACGUAGCAACCGCAGCGAAGAAGAAGGCAGAGGACGCCGAGAAGGCACGUCUGCUGGCAGUUGAACAGCAGCGCCAGCGUGACGAGGCAGCAACAAAGGCUGCCGAUGAAGAACGAGUUCAACGUCAUGAGAAGAUAUUUAGCGGAGAGCAAGUUUUGCUCACAAUGGCAGCGGAUUGGCGGGCCGAGGCCGAGAAUGGCAAGAUGGAAGAUAGUGAAAACAAGAUCGCUCUACUCCUCUCCCAUCUCACGGACCUCCUGGCAACAUGCAUUACACAGCAGGAGGACAUACACAGCCUCGACGACGCGCUGACUCAAGUCCACAGCCGCCUCCGGCAGCUGGAGCAGCGACCUGUCGCCGCCCCCGAUGCCAGCUCUUCCAACACCUCCGAUCGCCUCGAAGCAUUGGAGGUUGACGUCGGCUCCCUCAAGGACGGCGUGCACGAAGACAAUAUGGCCGAGGUAUUCGACGCUCGAAGCGGCAAACGUACAUUUGCUGAGCUUGGCGUAGAAUUUUUGCUCUCGGAGGAUCGAGAGGACUUAGCGGAGGUGCUGAAGUUGGGACUCGAAGGUGGGACUGAAAACAAGGAUGUCAUCAAGGUAGACGACAACACAGACUUCCAGGAGGUUGCGGAAGAUGUGGUUCAUGGUAGAUUGGAAGGUAGUGGGGCCAUUGGUGAGUCUGAAUGGCAUCACGAGGAACUCAUAGUGCCCGAACCGAGAGCGGAAGGCGGUCUUGUGGGUGUCCUCCUCGCGGAUACGGAUCUGGUGGAAGCCACUGCGAAGGUCGAUCUUGGUAAAGUACUUGGCUCCACGAAGACGAUCAAGGAGCUUGGAAAUCCGAGGGCUCGACAGGACUACGGUAGCGUCUCAUGUCAAGUACACGAGCAGCGUAAUGAUGACAAUAUGCAGCGAUGUCAACAUGAAAAUGUGAGCAACAAGUACGCACAUGUAGUGCUUGCCCAGGGCUGGAAGCUGUACCGGUCGACACUCCAACUGAAGCCUGGAAUUCGCAUUGAUUCAAAUAUGAACCCUUACAUUGACUCUCGGUAUGGUAAAGCAAAUGCUAUCUGAAUGUUUCAAUCUUCUCAUUAACAAACGAAUUUUGUUUUC